CCAGUUCCCCUUCCUUGACACAUUCAGAAUUCCGAUAACCAAAAAAUACAUAUAUACACAUCCUGAUACUUCUUUUUGCAUCAGCAAGAGCUCCCCAUAUACAGCACUUAAAGCCACAAAAAAAAAGCAAAUACACAGACACAAUGGGUUGGUUCGGAUCAUCAAAGCCCGAGGAGACGCAGACUGCUGUACCUGUCUCUGAGUUUUCAGACAUGGCCGCUCCCUCAUCGUCGACGACGGGCACUUUGUCAGCUACCCAAUCCGCAUCGAUCAAGGAGGCUUUGAUGAAACAGAUCCAGACCGAGUCCAACACGGCCAACGUACGGAUGCUGAUGGAGAACGUCAACUCGACCUGCUUCGAGAAGUGUGUUCCGACCCCCGGCUCAUCCCUAUCCGGCAGCGAGACGACCUGCGUCCAGUCAUGCACCGAGAAAUACAUAGCAGCCUGGAAUGUCGUCAAUGCCUCGUACUUGCGAAGGAUACAGCAAGAGGCCGCCAAGGCUCGAUAAGCGCAUCAAAAUCGUUCCCGAGUCCCGCCAAGGAACAAGAUGUGGUGACACUCCCCAUCACUGUAAUAAUCGAGGCACUCUGCAGUGGGCUCCAGAGGCCUUAUCUGUAAACACUUUUUGUACAAUCAAACAUUUGGCGGGGAGCAUGCGCUCAGAAGCACAGCGCGAUGGACAAGCGCGGCACCACGCAAGACAGCGAGAGAAAACAACAAGCUAGUAGUAUAGAGUUUGGGUUUUUGGAAACCUGACAGAAUUGUCCAGGUAGUGAAACCAAGGUUUGGGGGGUAUCGCUAUAUAUGAUGACAUUACGGAUCUACAGUGCCGUUCUUCUUCGCCUCGGCUUCGGCCCUCUUGCGCGCAAGAUAUCUUUCCUUGGCGCUCGAGAUAUCGCUCUCUGUCUUGCGACUCUUGGAUACUAGCUCAAUCUUCUUGCGCUCUUCCUCGGCCUCCUCCCGUGAACGUUUGAGAGCCUGUUCGUACUGAGCCUCCAUCAUGCGUGACUGCCGAUCCCGCAUGGCCUGCUUGCCUCCGCCGCCAAAGUAACCCCUGCUGCUCCCAUGGGCUUGCCUGUCGCGCUCAUCCCUCCGGUCGCGAUCGUCGUCCUUCUUGACCUCUGUCUUCUUCUUGGCACCGAGGUUGAGCCCACCUUUGAGCAGUUGCCUCUUGUCCACAACCUGGCCGUCAUCGUUGAUGGCUACGGCGGCACCCUUCUCGUUCAAUUCCCGCGCUACAUCGACGUCCGUCUUCUCUUUUUCCUCUGGUCCGUCCUCUUGGGGCUUUGGCGGUCCACCGUUCUUCUGUGCCUCCUCGGCAGCCUUCAUCAUUUCGGCAUGUCUCUUGUCGCCUUGGUCCAGCAGUCGCUUGUAGAAGCCCGUCAUACCGCCGGCCUCGUUCUUCUUGUCCUCGGCCUCCUCCCUCAACCUCUCCUCCUCCUCCAGCCUCCUGUUCUCCUCCUGUUGCUUCUUAUAUGCCUCGGUCACAAACAUGUCCUUGUCCGCGAACUCAUCCCCUUCAGCCUCGCGCUCCCGCUUCAUCUUCUUGUCCUCUGCGAUCUUGCGAUCCCUCUCCCGCACCUCGGCCAUCUUCUUGAGGUUCGACAUGUACUGCGGCCUGCGGUCCGCCGCCGAGGCGGCCUUGGCCGCUGCUGCAGCGGCGGGCGCCGCCUUGAACGAGUCGUACGCCGCGUCGUAGUCGUAUAUCGACGGGUCCUCCUGCUCGGCGCUCUCCGCAUGCUUGCGCGCCGUCAGCGCGCUCGACAGGUCGCCGAUUAUCGGCACCUGCUUUCCUGCGGCACCCGCCGGCUUUGCCCCUGACAAUGGCCUUGACCCAUUGCCAGGUUUAGACUUUGCUGCUGCUGACGUCUUGACGUCUCGGUUGCGGGUUGGCGGUGCGGCGUCGCGGAUCUCUGUGAUCACCUCGACCUGUCCGCCUUUGUCGCCGGUGCGGUUGUCGUCAUCGUCCGAGUCGCCAUCGUCGCCGAACACGGGCCGUCGCUUUGCGGGGUUUGGUUUUUGUGAGCCGGGUUUUUUGCUUAGGUUGAGGCCGUAUGAAAGUGGCUUGCUCAUAAUUGCACCCGUCCAGUGAUAUUUUUGUGUUCUAUUUCUAUGCCGCACGUUUCUGGGUUGGCGAAUUGGAUGAAAGGUGAGGUUUCGGAUUGGGGAGGAUAAUUCACACAAAGAAAUUGGUGACGGUUGAAGGUUGACUGCGGACGGACGUCACCUCAAGGUCGCGCGUCACGGUCGCUUGGGUCUGAUUCG